ACUAGAUGUCCUGGGUUAUAAAACGAACGUACCCAGUACGCCUCUGUAGUCGUUAGCACGCCGUGUGGAACUGGACUCAGUCUCCUUCUAGGGGGAACUGGGCUAAGGUCACUAAAAUCAGUGUUUUCUUUAUGUUGAAAGGGAGACUGCGGUGAAGUCGACUGACAAACAGCCAUGGUAUUCCUGACGCUGUCAUGCUGGAUCAGAAACCGUGGGCCCGACAGAUACUGGAAAGUUCAAGAAGUUCUCAAGCAUGCGCGGCACUUCAGAGGCAGAAAGAACCGCUGCUACAGCCUGGCUGUGCGGGCGGUCAGGAGGGCAUUCGUCUACGCCACCAAAGCCCGGAGGCUGAAGAAACGCAACAUGAGAACGCUCUGGAUCACACGCAUUGCAGCGGCAUCACGAGAGCAUGGAAUGAAGUAUCCUGCCCUUAUGCACAACCUUACAAAGAGCAGCGUUCAGCUGAACCGACGUGUUAUCAGUGAUCUGGCCAUCACAGAACCUCGGUCAUUCCUCUCACUCGCUAAACUGGCACAGGCUCGGCAACAAGAAGGCUUCCGUGCAGCGCUGGGUGAUGGCAAAGAGCCUCCUGGUGUCUUCUCCCGUAUCGUUUUACUACAGUAAAGGACUUUCUACAGCUAUGGAUUUUCAGUUGCGGUGUGGUUCAAAGAGCAGCGCUCUUGGAUUGUUGAGAUGAUCCCGAAACAGUCAACCAGACACACACUCACCUCUUUGCUUUACAGUUGCUGUUUCAUCUAGGUAUUUUUCAUAUGAUCAUAUAAGGUUAAUUUAGUUUAUUUUUUAAUACUCUCUUGAUCAGUAUACCAGGGGUUGCACCAUGCUUAAUGACCCACAUUGAGACCAGGGUCUGAUCACCAUGUCUAGUGUGGGUUGCUUGGUGUUCAUGGUGAGGAGUUCACUGGUUGACCAGAGAGUUGACAGUUCUGUUAUGCACUGCCUGACCAAAGUCGCUCAUCUGCAUGUCCCACACAGGUCUCCACCAGCUCCACACUGGUCUUUGGUGUCACUAACUCCCUGCCCAGUUUCUUUACUUAAUAUGUUCCUCUUCAGCCAUGCUGCAAUUUUGCUGUUCAAACUCAGUGCAUGUAUGAAAAGAGAUUUGACAAAUUUCGGACUUUUCCAAGCCGGUGAUAUUUAUUGUUGUCUGUGUUACAGUACUGACAAUGGGCAACUCUGUAAUACUGUAGUCACCGCUGCACUCUUAAGUCAUCACAAGAGCAUCAUCAUAAUCCAAGCUUGCAGCCGGAAUAGCAACUGUUUGUCCACAGACAGACCUGCUCCUGCUACAUUCACUGACUGAAGUCCAACAUCUAUUAUCGUGUGCCAGAGAUUUCCUGCUGCAGAGUUUCCUAUAAAAAAUGCUCCUCAGCAGCUCCCCUGAUUUCCUCCACUAUCACCAUAGAGGAUGUGAUUAUCAAUUUCCUUCACUCUCCCUGUGUAAAUCAGAUAUAACCUUUUGUUAAAUUAUUAUUUGAUGCUACUGGAUUAUGAGUUUUGGGGGGGUUUGGGAAGAAAAGUGACCUCAAGCUUUAUCAUGUGAUGACUUUUUGCUCUUUGUAAAUAUAUAUUUUGCCCUUUGUUGUGGUAAGAUUGUCCUCAUAAUGUUUAGUUCAUUAAACAUUUUGAUAUAUA